AUGAAGCUCAAGAUCACCAGGACGACCACUGUCGUCGAUUCCAGCCCGUACUCGGUGUACGUACCUGAAACAACACGUACCGGGGCCGCGCGGACUGGAGGUAGCAGCCCUCGCACCGACAGUACCAAAGUCCACCGCGGUGACGUCUGGCGUUUCUCCCAGACCGUGGACCAAGUGCUCGACGAAGCGAUUGCUGCUAACGAGGCUGCAGCUGCAACGAUCAAGAACCAAGCGGCGCAGACGGCCGAUGCGCUCAAGACCAAGCGUUUCGACCUUGCGGAACUCACGACCUUGGGAUGCAUCGACGCGGCAUGGCGCAACGUCUGCUUGCACCCCAUCGUGGCUGGCGCGCAACUCAAGGAGAUGGCGCGACUCAACCGCACGCUGUUCUUUCACUUCAUUAGUCAGCACACGCUCAACCGUCUCUUCCGGGCUACGUACGGGCAGAGUCGACCGUUUGAUGUCCUCUACAAGCUGGUCGUUGGCGAGAACUACUCGACGACAAGCAUGACAACAUAUUUCCGUAAGGUACAAGCCGCUAAGAUGCUGCCGUCCUGGACGAUCCGCAAUAAAAACGACGAACUCGACGAUGGAGAUGUGCUACAAAGCCUCGACGCUGAAGAAAUUCUAGCGCUGGCUGAAGUGUUACUCGCGAUAAAUGCACCGCUCGUUCAUUCUAACGACGCGAUUAUUGCAACUAUCGCUCGCGCGCCGGUCACAACUAUCGCAAUGAAGGAAGGCGCGCGAGCGCUCUCAUCAGCGACGCUGCUGAGCUUCUACAAGAACUGCGACGAACCACACGACACGUUCUGCCAAGACCUGUGGUGCCAGAUGAAGGAACUGGCUGAACCUGGGACGGAUGAUGACGAGGCGGUCUUUAGCACGAACAUCGAGCUAUUCGACGCGCUCAUAACGGAUAAAGAAUGGCCUAUCGUCGGCACCAUGCAAGUCAUGGCGACGCCGCACAGCACGGACGGCCAACUCGAAGUCGGCGACCUCGACGAAGGCUUGGCGGACACGGUCGACGAUGCACCACCUCGUAACUAA